GCAAAUCUGCAAGACGUCGAUUAGUGGAUAGUCCCGGUUCUUCCAAUGCACUGGAUGAGGCUCUGAACGUUAUGAGAUCUCUUCAAUUAAAAAGAGCGAACAUCGAUGAUGAAUAUUCAUUGUACGGUGAACAGAUAGCAAUUAAACUGAGAAAGCUUCCUUCGCCCCGAACCAGGUUAGUUGUGCAGAAUAAGAUCAACCUAUUAUUAUUUGAAGCUGAAAUGGGAUAUCUUGAACAUCAGCAUGGGUACAAUGUGCCACAAGUUAAUACACGGCAAAACUCUGGACCGGCCAAUCCAAUGGUGCCUUCAUUCCCCCAGACGCCCACUCAAACGCAACCACCAUUCUUCACUGACAACAUGACCAAUUCAACGUCGUCAAUUUCAUCGUAUUCGCAAUCGGCAUCCCCGGCAUCCACUAAUUCAGAACUGUCCAAUAUGGACCCCUUCCCUCAAUAGUUUUUAACUUUUGUACUCAAUUAUUUUUAAUUAUGUCAAUAAAGGUACUGUUUUAAAUUAAUUUUGAUCAAUUUUCCUUACCUUAA